CAAUUGCACCCUCUCAACACGCUCUGCAAUUACUCAUCACUGUCAUUUUUUCCUCCAUCUGCUGCCUCCUCCCCUCUUUCAACUCCUUGUCUUUUCUUCCUCCUUCCUCUUCUUCUUCCUCCCGUCCGUUUUUCCGUCAACAAGCUUUUCCAGCUGAUCAUGCCUUCCACAACCUUUCCGUUGCUUAACGUGUUAGCACAUACCAUAACUUUCUGAGAUCGACCAGCUUUAUGCAUUUCGCAAAAGGGUCCUCUUUUAGUCCCCCAAAACGGAUCUUGAUCUUCUUCAACAUAGCUAUUGCUCACUGCUAGGGCUAGAAGGAAAAGAAGCAGUAGCUAGGUAUGAAAGAUAUAGAAAAACAAGAGGCCUUGGAUCCACCGAGAAUUUUGUGAUUAGUGCUUCCAAAGCUUAGUUGGGACAGCUAAGCAACUCAACCGCAAGUUCUCCGUUCAUAAUAAGCACCCCAUCGGUUCUGGCUAGUGGAUACUGAGACAGCUGAAAGUUAGAGGAAGAGGAAAAUAGUGUUUUUGGUAGUGAAAUAUGCCGGUCGGCAUGAUGAUUCCGGCGAGAAAUAUGACGUCCGUGAUUGGAAGGAACGGCAACGUUGGUGGAUUUGGAUCACCCUCAAGUCUCACUCUCGGCCAGCCAAACAUGAUGGAAGGUCAGCUACACCCAUUGGACAUGGCUCCCAACACCUCCGAGAGCGACGUACCCCGCAUCCGAGGAGAAGACUUCGACAGUGCCACCAAGUCCGGCAGUGAAAACCAGGAAGGCGCCUCCGGCGACGACCAUGAUCCCCGCCCCAAAAAGAAGCGCUACCACCGCCACACGCAGCACCAGAUCCAGGAAAUGGAAGCUUUCUUUAAGGAGUGCCCGCAUCCAGAUGACAAGCAGAGAAAGGAACUGAGCCGAGAAUUAGGGUUAGAGCCAUUGCAGGUCAAGUUUUGGUUCCAAAACAAGCGAACUCAGAUGAAGACCCAACAUGAGCGGCAAGAGAACUCACAACUUAGAGCCGAAAAUGAGAAGCUUCGAGCAGACAACAUGAGGUACAGGGAAGCUCUUAGCAAUGCCUCAUGUCCAAACUGUGGUGGACCAACCGCCAUUGGUGAAAUGUCUUUUGAUGAGCAUCAUUUGAGAAUGGAAAAUGCCCGUCUACGAGAAGAGAUUGACAGGAUUUCGGCAAUUGCUGCAAAGUACGUGGGGAAGCCGGUGGUGAACUAUCCACUGCUUCCCCCAACUGUUCCUCCACGUCCACUGGAACUGGGUGUGGGUGGUUUUGGUGAGGACGCAUACGGAGGUGGAGAUGUUGUUAGGUCUAUGAGUGGGCCUACGGAUGCUGAUAAGCCAAUAAUAAUAGAGCUAGCUGUGGCUGCCAUGGAAGAGCUGGUGAGGAUGGCACAAAUGGGUGAUCCCUUAUGGCUGACCACUCUUGAUGGAACCACCACUGUGCUUAACGAGGAUGAAUAUAUCAGAAGUUUCCCUCGUGGUAUUGGUCCAAAACCUACUGGAUUCAAGUGUGAAGCUUCUCGAGAAACUGCUGUUGUCAUCAUGGACCAUAUUAAUCUUGUUGAGAUUCUCAUGGAUGUGAAUCAAUGGUAUACAGUGUUCUCAGGGAUAGUCUCAAGAGCAAUGACUCUUGAAGUAUUAUCAACAGGGGUGGCUGGGAACUACAACGGAGCCUUGCAAGUGAUGACGGCAGAGCUACAAGUACCUACACCUCUGGUGCCAUCUCGAGAGAGUUAUUUUGUAAGAUAUUGCAAACAACACGGGGAAGGGACAUGGGCAGUGGUGGAUGUGUCGUUAGAUAAUUUGCGCCCUAGUCCUUCACUUAGAUGUAGAAGAAGGCCCUCCGGCUGCUUAAUUCAUGAAAUGCCUAAUGGCUACUCGAAGGUGACGUGGGUUGAGCACGUAGAAGUGGACGAUCGAGGAGUUCAUGAUCUAUACAAGCAGCUCGUCAGCUCUGGACAUGCUUUCGGGGCAAAACGUUGGGUGGCUACUUUGGAUCGACAAUGUGAAAGGCUUGCCAGUUCCAUGGCAACCAAUAUUCCCACUGGUGAUGUUGGCGUGAUAACCAGCCAAGAAGGGAGGAAGAGUAUGCUGAAACUGGCAGAGAGAAUGGUGAUGAGCUUUUGUGCCGGAGUGGGUGCUUCUACUGCUCACACGUGGACUACACUGUCUGGAACCGGGGCAGACGAUGUAAGGGUCAUGACCCGUAAGAGUGUGGAUGAUCCUGGAAGGCCUCCUGGUAUUGUUCUCAGUGCUGCAACUUCUUUUUGGCUUCCAGUUCCUCCUAUUAGAGUUUUUGAUUUCCUCCGCGAUGAGAACUCCAGAAGUGAGUGGGAUAUUCUUUCGAAUGGCGGAGUAGUCCAAGAAAUGGCACAUAUAGCUAAUGGUCAGGACACAGGGAAUUGUGUAUCUCUACUUCGGGUAAAUAGUGCGAAUUCCAGCCAAAGCAAUAUGUUAAUACUGCAAGAAAGCUGCAGAGACGCGACGGGGUCGUUUGUGAUAUAUGCACCCGUGGAUAUAGUUGCAAUGAACGUGGUUCUGAAUGGAGGGGACCCAGACUACGUGGCCCUUCUUCCUUCUGGAUUCGCUAUACUGCCGGAUGGAACCAUGGCACAUGGUGGAUCUCUCUUGACUGUUGCUUUCCAAAUUUUGGUCGACUCAGUUCCGACAGCCAAACUCUCUCUCGGAUCUGUUGCCACUGUCAAUAAUCUCAUUGCCUGCACUGUUGAGAGAAUCAAGGCUUCUUUGUCCUGUGAAGCUGCCUGAUGAUAUUCAUCACUGUUACAAGAAUAGACUAAUUUAAGUUUAAUGAGGAGGAGGAUUUGAAGAAGGGAAGCAUUGGAUGCGUAUGUAGAUAAUGGGAAGGCGGUGUGUUGAACUUCGGCUUAUAUAAAGCAGACGAGAAGUCAAGAGCGCACCUUAUUGCAUGAUCCCUUCUCAGUUGUUGAACAGAUCACUGAGGGGAUUGAGGUUCGGGAUUUGACUUCCCUUCAUUAACCCAAAUUAGUCUAUCCAAGACUGCAUGGUUAGGGCUAUAGCUAGCUUUUUUGUAUAACUUGGACUUUAUCAGCUUCCAUGUACCUCCAUUACUAUCUAUCCCCUUCUUCAUUUGUUAUUUUUUUUGGUGUUAUCAGAAUUUAUUAAGCACUAGUUGGUGGAAAGCUUGCACCCACUCGUGUACACUGCUUAAUUUUCUCACCAUCUAUUUUACGCAUUUACAGAGUUUUGA